AUUAGGGAUGGGUAAGAAAAGGAUGGGUAAGAAAAGGAUGGAACUACGGCCCAUCAAAAUGUGUAACUCUUCCCUGGGAAGUUUUUGGGCCAAAAAUAUCUCUAGCAAGUGGAUAACAAUUCUUGAAAAUGCAAACGCUGGAAAGAAAAUGGUCACCAUCAUGCACCCAAUUCUACGAGAUUUCACCAUCUCAUCCUUCAUGAUAUUAGAGAUAGGCUCCAGCCUCACGGCAAAAACCAGCCUCAUUUUUGGCGUACAAAAACUAGUGCUUUGGUUUUCCCUCAUGGAUGACUGAAUUAUAUUUCUCCAGCAAAACCAAUCUCUAGCUCUCUCCUUCCCUCAGAAAUCAGCAGCAAAAAAUACCUUCUGCUGGUGCCAGAAAAUGGGUUGCAAGGUGAACUACUUUGACCUGCCAAUUCUAUGCAAAUUCCCUACAAGAAAACCAAGCUUCAGGACUACCACCAUAGCCUUCUCCACAACUGCCCAAAACAACCGGGAGUAUGUUCCAGGUUCCACCACUGCAGUGGCCACUGAGACCCAGAAGCUGAAAACUGGUUCCUGCAGUGUCAGCUUCAAGACUUUGGGAGCUUGCAAGCUUGGGAUCUCCAGAUAUCCUGACUUUGAAUACAACGCUGAAGGCGGAACAGGCACUGGUACUGGCACAACCAUAACCGUUGAUGACUCAGACAAUGAGAUUUCAGUUUGUUUCGACAUCAAAACCCUCUACAUUCCACCCUUGACAAGCGCAACAACCAAGUUCCUAGGGUUGCCUUUGCCACCAUUUUUGAACAUUGACAUUGUUCCUGAACUUUUCAAUGGAAUCAUCAACCAAGAAUCCGGCAAGGUUGAGCUGGAAUUCACAGCAAAUUUCUGGUUUUCAGUUGGGACCAUCUACAGAGCGCCCCCGCUACUGGUGAAGACAGUUUUAACAUCAGAGGAAUCAAAAGGGAAGAUCAGAAGAGGAAGAGGAGAAAGGUUGAAUAAAGAAGGGAAGUGCAGAUUGGCUGGGGUAGCAACUGUGGAUCCUAUUGAUGAUUUCUUGAUGAAUUCCUUCCUCAGUCUGCCUACUGAAUGUCUAGCCAACCUGAAUGCUGUAAUCUCCUUCUCCAAUUCUUAUUAAAAACAACACAAUGUCACAAUGCUUGCCAUUGUGUAAUCAUGUUAAUCAUAAAAAUACAAAGGAACA